AUGAGUUACAUUCCGAUGCAGCCGGUGAUCUGCACCCAGCCGGGCGUUCAGACUCUUCAAGCUCCUCCAGGAACCGUCUUGCCGAUGCAAUCAAUUCCAGGCGUUCCGCAAGGUCUCGAAUAUCUCACCUAUCUCGACACGGUCAUUAUCAAACAGAAAAAAGAGCUCGUCGAGAUCGUCACCAAUUUCGAGACCGCCAAUCGCUAUGUGGUGAUGAACGCCAACGGACAGCAGGCGUUCUUCGCGAUGGAGGAGUCCGGCUGUUGUAGUCGUCAGUUGUGCGGUCCGCGACGCGGAUUCGUCAUGCACAUUCUCGACAAUUACCAACAGGAAGUGCUAGCCAAUGAGUGCGCGAUCGUAUCGACAAGCAUCGGCCAUCUCGGCUCAGUUCGCCAGCAAUUCUCUUGCUGCUCGCCCGGCUACGAUAUUCUCGAUGCCAACGGUGAUCUCGUUUUCGAGAUUUGCGGGCCGUGCUGCUGCUCCAUGAUCACUUGCAGCGACAAAGAUUUCAAUAUCAAAACGAUGGAUGGCGUUGUCGUCGGAGCAAUCACCAAGAAAUGGGGUGGCUGUUGUAAGGAGGCGUUCACCGACGCCGACACCUUCCAAGUCACUUUCCCACUGGACCUCGAUGUCAAAAUGAAGGCCGUGCUCCUCGGAGCAACAUUUUUGAUUGACUUUAUGCACUUCGAGGACGCUAACAACGAUUCAAAAUCGUCGACGGCACUCGACUGCACUCGCUGA